CGGAGCUGGAGGCGCGUUCGCUGGGCGCAGCUGAGAUAACAGCCCCGACGGCCGCCUCCGCCUGGCCGGAGAUCCCUUCAAAAGCCUUUUCGGGGGGAGAGAGAGAGAGAGAGGGAGGGGGAAACGUCGGCUGCUCCUGCCCGAUUUUCUUCUUCUCCCCCUCCCAUUUUUUUUUUUAAAUAUUCAUUUAAUUAUUUUUAUUUUUAUUUUUGCACCUUUCGGAUUGCGUUCUUCCUUCCCCUUUGUGGCAACUAGGAUUAUUUUUUUUUUUGCCUUGACCUGCUUUCCCACGUCAUGCGAGUUUUUCCUCCGGAUUUGUAAUAACGUGCUUGAAAACUCUUUCGAUUGUGUAACAGCCCAGAAGUUUUAGCCAAACGUUUUGUGUACCUGUUCUGGUCCUUUCCAUCCAAGUUGUUCACUUGUCUUGACGGAGUCCCUGUGAUCGCCAGUCCGCUGCUGCUUUUUGACCAAGUGAAACUUUGCUUUGAAGGAUAUAAAAUGUAUCAAAGCUUGGCCCUUGCUCCAAAUCCUGGCCAGUCAGCCUACCCCCACGAUGCCAGCAAUUUCCUGCACACUCCAACAAGCCCAGCUGUUUACGUCCCCACCAGUCGAGUUCCCUCCGUGCUCCAGGGCCUGCCCUACCACCUCCAAAGCUGUGAUCCCACCCACCAAGGCCAUCCUCUGGGCAGCCACCCCGGAUGGGGUCAACCAGCCACCGCUGAGGCUACUCACUUCAACACUGGCAGCCCUCACCCACCUUCCAGUUUUGCCUACACCCACAGCCCUCCUGGGGGGAGCACUGCCGGUCGAGACGGGGGCUACCAAAGCCCGCUGUUGCUGGGUGCCGGAGGAGGCCGUGACCAGUAUGGGAACACUCUGAUGCGUUCGGUCAAUGGAUCCUACUCCAGCCCGUAUCCCGGCGCUUAUGUGAACCCAGCGGAGAUGACGCCAUCUUGGCCUGCCAACCAUUUUGAGAGCAGUGUCUUCCAUAGCCUCCAGACGCGACAAGGAGCCUUGGCAGGCCGGAGAUCGUACGGUAGUCCUCGACUUAUGGCUGGAACUGAGACCACAAUUUCUGUUGAUUUCUUGGAGGAAUUUCCCGGGGACGGCCGAGAGUGUGUGAACUGUGGGGCCAUGUCCACCCCCUUAUGGAGGAAAGAUGGCACAGGGCAUUAUCUGUGCAAUGCCUGUGGCCUCUAUCACAAAAUGAACGGGAUCAACAGGCCUCUCAUCAAGCCACAGAAACGACUGUCUUCAACUCGUCGAGCCGGUCUUUGCUGCACUAACUGUCACACAACCAACACAACCCUCUGGAGACGGAACUCAGAAGGGGAGCCGGUGUGCAACGCAUGUGGAUUAUACAUGAAACUCCACGGGGUGCCAAGACCUCUGGCAAUGAAAAAGGAAAGCAUCCAGACCAGAAAACGGAAACCUAAAAAUGUCAAUAAAGGCAAAUCCUCAGCAAACAGUUCCACAACUUCCACCAACAACUCUCCUUCCUCACUUACAAACUCAGAGAGCACCGUCACUUUAAAAACCGAACCCGCCAUUACACCACAAUAUCCGGGACAAGCAAUAGUGUCAACAUCCCAGGGUCCCGGACAUUCUGAAAACGGGCUGGAGGAGCCUCAUCCCCAGUUCAAGUAUGAGCCAGAAGACUACACCUUCCCAUCUGCCAUGUCCCAACCAUCAGGUCUAAGUGUUGGCCCCCGUCAAGACUCAUGGUGCGCCUUGGCCCUGGCGUAAGCAAAUCAGCCUUCCGUUUGAAAAACCAAGGAAUCCCUUCUACCAUCCUUCAGGACAUCACUGGACAGCAGACAAGAUUUCCGGACUGUAAUCCUUUGGAUCUGCCAGGUUUCUUGUAAUCAAUAUGGUUUUCUAUUCCUUGGGAGAUACCUUCCUUCCUUCUUCUCUACGGAGGCCAUCCCGCCUGCCAUCUUUUGCUGCUGACUCCCUUUUUUGGCCCUUUGAAUCUCUAAGAAAGUUGAUAUUCUUUCGCCAAUCAAAAAAAGAAAAAAAACCAGAAAAGGGAUUUGGGGAGCUCUGACCUCAGCCAUGAGCCCCUCUUUCUCCCUUCUCCCGAGAUCCAUCCGAAAGCGAUAACAAUCGAUGUUGUCUUCACAGUGAUUCGUCUCUUCCUUCCCCUCUUCUUCUUUUCUUCUUCUUCUUCUUUUUUUUUUUUAAUGACUCCCUUGUGUGCAAUUUUAUUCUUAAAUAAAGAGGAUGGUAACAUCUUGA